AUGGGCGAAUUGAGCAGGCAAUCGAGCCGCCGACCUCUGGUACUCGACGACACCGCCUCUUUCACCUCUUUCCCGGACCCUUCAGAGGCCUCACUCCCUGUCGAAGAGCCCUCCAAUGUACCACUCCAUGGCCUGCUGGACCGGGCUGGACCAUCCAUGUUUGACGAGAACAACGCAAUCGAUGCCAACGACCCGCAAUCUCUGUCCGCGGCGCCCAAUCCUGUGCUGCAGAAUCUGAUCGACCACCAUGGCGCGGUAGAGCUGGUCAAGCGGCUUUCCACUAUGCUCGCGGAGAGGGACGCGCAUAUCACGGCUCUCACUCGUCUCGCUGAGGAGUACAAAGUCCCGCGACAGAGGAUUUCGGAGACUGCGUCGAGGGCCAAGCAGGCGGAGCGGAGACGGUUGUCACUUGCCACUGCGUCUGAAGAUCUAGGGCCGCCGAGUGUUGCUGAGUCUGUGACUUCUGAUAGUGGCGAGUCUCGCAUCUCAAAGUCCACUCAAAACACAGCUGCGGCACCAGCGAAAGGCAUUACGAAGUUAUUUGGCGGCGGGACUAUUAAGAAAGCCAAAGCGAAGCCUGCGCCUGUGCCUUUGCCAAUAUCAAAUGCUACAUCACGAGAGCCUUCCCGGCCACGAAGACAUUCAGAAAGACCCAAAUCAAUAGACACGCAAAGCAUCCGGAGUAUCGACAGCGGCAACACUUGGACAGCCAGCAUCAACAACAUCUUCGGCGCCAGCCAUCCCAAGCGGACAGACUCCCUCCGGAAUAGGCUUCCUGUAGAGAUGGAAACCCGCCACGACCCCGACCAACUCCCGCCCACCCUCUCCAACCACGCCGACGACCCGCAAGAAGCCGAGUGGAACAAAUUCAUCCUCAAACUCGUCGAGCUGCGGCCCCAAAAUGGCGAAGACCCCAACGGCGGCGAACUCAUCGGCGCCUCUCGAUUCGGCCAGGAAGGCAGCGCUGGACGACAGAAGAUGGAGACGCUCACGCGGCUUGUCAUAGGCGGUAUACCGAUGAAGCUGCGGCAUCCGUUGUGGAUGGAGUUGUCGAAUACGCAGGCGAUGAUGCAGCCAGAGGAUUAUGAGCAUUAUCUCAAUUUGGGGGAAAAUGACGAUGAGGAGGAGGAGAUGGAGGCGAUUUUGAAGGAUGUGCCGCGGACGUUGACGACGAAGUAUGACUUUUAUUCUGGGAAAGGAUUUCAGAGAUUGAAAGACCUCCUCGUAGCCUUCGUAGCCAAAUACCCCAACCUAGGCUACACCCAAGGCCUCAACACCAUCGCCGGCUACCUGCUCCUCGCCAUCCCGUCCGAAGAAGACGCCUUCUGGGUCCUCUGCAACAUCGUCGAGAACUUCUUCCCGCCCGACUACUUCUCCCGCACAGACGCCAUGAUCUCUCCUUUAGCCGACAACGCCUUACUCCGACAAUACGUCAAAGAGCAUUUACCUCUACUCCACAACCACAUGGACAAACUCGGUAUUCUCCCCGGCCACACCGUGCCGAUGAAAUGGUUCUUCACCGCCUUCUCGUCCGCACUGCCAGAAACCCUGCUCAUGCGUCUGUGGGACAUCUGGCUCUGCAUCCCCAGCCAAAAACAAUACCUCUUCGCCUUCGCCCUCGCACUGAUCGCGCAGAACGCCGACGGCAUACUCGAAUGCGAGGACAGCUCGUCGUUCUUCUCGUACAUGGACUCUAAAUUGAAACUUCCUGAAGACGCCGCGGGAGUGACGGAGCUGAUGAAGCAGGCGUGGAAGAUUGCGAAGAAACUCGGUGAUGGGGUUGCGGGGCGGCGGGCGAGUGAGGUGGUGUCGACGAAGGAGGGGAUGGGGUUGGAGAUGCGGUUGCAGAGGAGGAGGACGGGGAGUUUGGAGGUGCUUGUGGAUCGGGAGGAGGAGGAGGGGGAGGGAAUGCAGACUUCGUCUUGA